GGUUUCAUAUAUUAAGGAUCGACUGAUUUCCUAAGAAUUUUUAUUAGGAAAAUAUGGUAUCAAAGAAGGCAUCAAAACACCUCUCAUUCAAUCCUAACAUGGAUUGCCAUUUAUUCAGCAUUUAAAUUUAGUUUCGGUUCAAAUAAAUUUGUUAAAUUCGAAUUUCUAAUCUGUUUCUGAGUGGCCAUGGCGUACAGCAUCGAAAAGAAAUCCAUACCCGGGUACAUGAUGUACAUCAAUGGCGGUCUGGCCGGAAUGCUGGGCACCUGCAUUGUGCAGCCAUUGGACUUGGUGAAGACCAGGAUGCAGAUUUCAGCCACGACGGGCGAGUACAAGAGCUCCUUCGAUUGCCUGCUAAAGGUUUUUAAGAACGAGGGCAUACUUGCCUUGUAUAAUGGACUGAGUGCGGGAUUGAUGCGACAGGCCACGUACACGACAGCCCGGAUGGGUUUCUACCAAAUGGAGAUCGACGCCUAUCGCAAGCAUUUCAAUGCACCGCCCACUGUGUUGGCCAGCAUGGGCAUGGGCAUUCUGGCCGGUGCUUUCGGCGCCAUGUUCGGCAAUCCGGCGGAGGUGGCCCUCAUCCGUAUGAUGUCCGAUAACCGUUUGCCGCCGGCGGAGAGGCGAAACUACAAGGGUGUGGUGAACGCCUUUGUGCGGAUCGUCAAGGACGAGGGUGUGACCACCCUCUGGAAAGGAUGCAUGCCCACUGUGGGUCGGGCCAUGAUCGUCAACAUGGUUCAGCUGGCCUCGUACUCGCAGUUAAAGGCAGCAUUUUCGGAAUACUUUUCGGGACUUUCGCUGCACAUAGCUGCCGCCAUGAUGUCCGGUCUAUUGACCACCAUUGCCUCCAUGCCACUGGACAUGGCCAAAACGCGCAUCCAGCAGCAAAAGACGGCCGAGUACAAGGGCACCAUGGAUGUUCUGAUGAAGGUGUCCAAGAACGAGGGCAUCGCCUCCCUAUGGAAGGGCUUCACGCCCUAUUUGUGUCGUUUAGGACCGCACACGGUGUUUGCUUUUAUAUUCCUGGAACAACUCACCAAGGCCUACAAGCACAUUGUGCUCGGCGACGAUUCUGAAUCGAACAUCUAAGUUUUAUUAGGCCUAUAAUCGUUUAUCAAAAUUAGCAGUCCUCUGGGGACCUCUGGGAGGUGCAUUUAAGAUCAGUUAGAAUUUCUCUCAGAUAUUUUUCUCGCAUGCUACAAAUGACUGGAU